AUGUCGAAACGAACAAGCAGCGCCGUGACCAACGGCAGCCUGAAGGAGGGCGGUGACGUGAGCACGCCUGGUACGUCGCUUCCACGUCCACCUCUCGCCCGUGCCACGAUGUCUGUGUGCUAA